AUGUACGUCAAGGCUCUUCUCACGCUCGUGCUUGGCUCCGGCCUCGUUUCAGCCCAGUUGAACACACUGGCUGUGAGAGCCGGCUUGAAGUACUUCGGAACAGCAGUCGACGAGCGACGGACGACCACCGACGCCACCUACAUGGGCAUCGUGAACAACACCGCCGAGUUUGGUUCCUUGGUGCCCGAGAACGGACAGAAGUGGCAAAACACCGAGCCUUCCCAGAAUACCUUCACUUACACUCAGGGCGACAUCAUUCCGAACAUUGCCAAGGCGAACGGCCAGAUCUUGAGAUGCCACACUCUUACAUGGCACUCUCAGCUGCCUAACUGGGUCUCGAGCGGAUCGUGGACGGCGGCGACCCUCACCGCUGUCAUCGAGACGCACAUCGCCAACGUUAUGAAGCACUACCUCGGCCAGUGCUAUGCCUGGGAUGUCGUCAACGAGGCCGCAGCAGACGACGGAAGCUGGCGCGCGAGUGUCUUCUACAACACCUUGGGUACAGACUACCUCCCCAUCUCGUUCAGAGCUGCCAGGGCUGCCGACCCCAACACCAAGCUGUACUUAAACGAUUACAACCUCGAAUACAACGGUGCGAAGACGAACCGAGUUCUGGAAGCAGCCACCAUCGUUCAGAACGCCGGCGCCCCCAUCGACGGCGUCGGCUUCCAAGGCCAUCUCAUCGUCGGCAGCACGCCCGGCCGCUCCGCUCUCGCGACCGCCCUCCGCCGCUUCACCGCUCUCGGCCUCGAAGUCGCCUACACCGAGCUCGACAUCCGCCACUCCAGUCUACCCCCCUCCAGCGCCGCGCUUGUGACCCAGGGCAACGACUUCGCCAACGUCGUCGGCUCUUGCGUCGACGUCGACGGCUGCGUGGGCGUUACCGUCUGGGGCUUCACGGACAAGUACUCUUGGGUCCCCGAGACCUUCAGCGGCCAAGGCGAUGCUCUUCUCUGGGACGCCAGCUUCAACAAGAAACCCGCGUACACGUCCGUCUCGUCGGUUCUCGCUGCGGCUGCUACCGGUGGUGCUGGAACGUCGGUUCCGCCGACUACGACUACGCGUGCCCCGACUCUGAUCACUUCGACCACUUCCGCUCGUGCGACGACGACUUCGGCCGGCUCCGGCGCCGAGGCGGCCCGUUGGGGACAGUGUGGAGGUACCGGUUGGACCGGGCCCACCCGGUGCGCGAGCCCGUACACUUGCACCUUCGUCAAUGCCUGGUACUCUCAGUGCCUGUAA